UUGAAUUGUUGAAGGGUCUAUCCUUUUCCACAAGCUUUGUAAAACCCUUAAUUCUAUCCUUAAUAGGCAAGAAAGAAUUUGGAGGUAAAGUUGACAGUUGCAAACAACAAUAAACCUUUCAAGUUUCAUCUUAAUCAUACCUUCUCUCUGGAAGCGGUAACCUCUCUACCAGCCAGGCUUUUACCAUUGUCGUCAAAUCUGCUGCCUGAUCAAACUCUAAACAGGCAUGAACUUGCGGUAAAGCUCCAAUAUGAUCAAACAAUGGCGAUGACAAUCUCUGAUGGACAACGCAAUGGCCUCAAGGCUUUGGAACUCGACUGGACUUGCUGCACUGCUGAUAGAGCUUUAUGCAAUACAACGAGUGAACCUGCCAGAUGUUGCAACAAUUUCAGCUGAUCAAAAGCAUUAGAACUAAUGAACAAGAAUACAAUUCCAGAGCCAAUGAUCCUCAGCAUGUGAUGAUGCAGGACUCAACUGAAAAAGGAUAAAGAAUAGCUGUGUACCUUUGAAGAAAGAGGCAUUGACAAGGAGGCAUGUGAUUUUCCAUUUCAGUUCUGAUACGUGUGCAGUUCAUCCUUUUCCGCCGUUUUCAAGAAAGAUAAUUACUGAGAGUUCAGUUCCAUGGCUUUUGAAACAACACAUAUUUUGAUAACAAAACUAAAUUUGAUUGCAAGUGAUGAAGCUAAUUAUCCAGGUUUGAAAAGCCAAGUCAUCAAUAACUUGAUUGAAGAGCUAAACCAUUUGCAGAAAGUCCUGGAAAGUGCAGAGAACUACCAAGGAAGUCAUAAAACAAUUGAAGACUGGGACAAGCUUCUGUACGAUAUUUAUUCUUUGGAGGAUGAUAUUGAGACCUUUUUGGGCAGAACAAUGCUGCAGGGUCACAAAGUCCAGAGAAAGAGGCAUACUUCCACCCACUUCACCAGUGAAGUGCUCUCAAGCAAUAAGAUUGAGCAACUAGUAAAGAAUGUAAGGGUUUACUGCAAACAAUUUCAUCCAAGUCCAUCCCGUGACUCCGGAGUUGUGCAAAGUCAACCCACUGACUCUAAAGAUGGGCAAGUUCCACCAGCAGAGUUGAUUCCACCAACAAAGUCAUCAACUGACUCUGAAGCUUUACAAGUCUCAGUUGAUAAGGAGACCGUUCCAAAUGUAGAUAUAGUUGUUUUGACAGACCUUGUAAAGAAGUUAAAUCAACAACUACUCAGCCGACUUGCUUUGCAAUAUCUCAUUUUAACUGUUGAUGGGGCGUACCUUGGUAGGGCAAUUCUCUUGUGGACAGUCUAUAAUGCAGAUGAUAUCAAACGACAUUUCCAGUGUCGAGCUUGGAUUCGUGUUUCUGAAGAGCUUGGACAAAGAGAGAUCAUACAAGCCAUUUUAGAGCAGGUUGCCGAUAGGAAAGAGACAGGGAGGCUGCUCCUUCAGUCACCGCUGAGAAGCCUCCACGAUUUCUUAGUUUCCAAGAGGUAUUUGAUAGUUUUAUAUGGUGUCCAAACAGCAGAGUUUUGGGACAAUAUCAAAGCAGCCUUUCCAUACUCAUUGAAUGGUAGCCGGGUGAUUACUGUUGUUCACGGUGACAAAGUCGCGAGGCAAAUUAAUACAUGGAUCGUUGGGAGAUUUUAUUUGUCUAACUUUCGAAAGCUGGAGGAGAAGUUAUUGCAUGGAUGGCCUCAAUCUUCUGCUUAUUUGGAGGAGGAAUAUGGUUUUACUGGCGUGAAGGCUGCAAUAGAGAAGUUCACUCAAUCAAUUCUCAAUCCACACAUUUUGCUAUUCCUCAUUUCAAUCAAGGGUUCGGUAGGCUCUGGCAGGACAACUUUGCUAUGGCCAAUCUACAAUGCAAAAGAUGUUAAACAGCAUUUCCAAUGUCGUGCUUGGGUUCAUGUUCCACAGCAGUUUAAUGAAACAGAUAUUCUCACUAACAUUUUGGAGCAAGUUGCAAGUGUCAAGUUGGAAAAAAAGCAGACAGUGGAGUUACUACGAAAAAGGCUCCACAAUUUCUUAGCUCAGAAGAGGUACCUUGUGGUUUUAAAUGAUGUAUGGACUAGUAAAAUUUGGGACAAUCUCAAACUUUCCCUUCCAAAUUCGUUGAAUGGUAGCCGGGUGAUUUUGACUCUAAGUGAAGGUGAAGCUAACGAGGAGCACAAGACCAAUUCUUCUGUCUCUGGAAUGAUCCCUGAGAGAGAGUUGCGUAACUUGAAAGAUGUGCAAGAAGAUGUUUCGGAUCAAAAAGGUGCAGAGCCCUGCGAUAGGCUUUCUGAUGUUAAGGACAAAGAUCCAAGCACUGUUGGUUUGGACUCUAAAGUAAAGGAAUUAGCAGAACUAACACUGAACAGCUCCAGGUUGCAUUUUCUAAUUACAGUGUUAGGUGUGGCAGGUUCAGGCAAAACAACUCUUGUCAAGACAAUUUAUAAUAGUGUGGCAAGUAAGAGGUACUUCAAAUGCCGAGCUUGGGUUAGUGUCCCACCGAAAUUGGACGAAUUCAAUGAGAGACAACUCUUGAUUGACUUAUUGGGGCAACUUAGAAAUGCCAAGCAGAAAGAGAGCCUGGGUCUUGAGCAGUUGAGGGAAAUGCUUCGUCUUUGCUUAACUUGGAAGAGAUACCUGAUAGUUUUGGAUGAUAUCUCCACACCAGACGCUUGGGAGAGACUUAAUCCAGGCUUUCCCAAAUUAUCAUAUGGCAGCAGGGUCAUAAUCACCACUCGUAAUCCUAUAAAGCUGGACAUUGUUCUUAAGAAGGUACAAAUUGCAAAGAUGAUGCAGAUAGAUAUAAAUGAUUCACAGUUAAAGGACAAGAUCUUGCAAAGAUGCCGUGGUCUACCUCUUCAAAUAGUUCUGCUUGGGGGUCUGUUGUCUACGAAGGGUAAAUAUGAUGAAUGGCGAAGUGUGAUUGAACAUUCCUUUGGUAUAAUGGAAACAAAAAAGAUGGUAAGGGUUGAAGAUCCAAAGGACCCCUCUGGCAAAUCUACUUCCUCAGAAACCAAGGAAAAAAUCAAGAGAGUAAUGAGAACGGAGCAUAAAACAGCUGGUGAAGUUCAAAAAGAUUUGCCAAAUCAGUCAGCUUGGUCUGCUACCAGGCAAAAAGAACAGAGGAAAUUGCUGACAAUGGCAACUUCUAGAGAAGAUCAGUCAAACUCCUCAGAUAAAUCAACAUUUUCGGAUGAAAUGCCUUUCUUGGAUAUCAUGGCUUUAGCUUAUCAGGAUUUAGCCCCACCUUUAAGAUGCUGUCUUCUUUAUUUGGGUCUUUUUCCCAAGUCAUAUGAGAUUCCUGUUAGGAGGUUGUAUCAGCUAUGGCUUGCUGAGGGGUUUGUGAUACCAACAGAUCCGAUGAGAAGUCCUGAAAAGCUGGUGGAGGAAUAUUUUGAAGAACUGAAAAGCAGAAACAUGAUUGAGGUUACAAGACUUAAGUUAAAUGGAAGCGCCAAGACAUGCCGUGUGCCAAAUACCAUAUAUGACAGCCUGUUUCUAGAUACAGAAAAAGUUUGUUUUUUUCACGUCUCCAACGGUUCAGGUAGAUGGGAGUCACCAUGGUCUUGUGUCCGACGGCUUGCAGAAAACUUAGAUAUUUCCCUCCAGUUUGAACACAUAGAAAACCGUGUAAGACGACUACGUUCUUAUAUAUCCUUCUGUGGGAAAAGAGGAGAUAUACCUACGUAUGGAGUCAAGGAACUGCUUAGUAAGGUUGUUGAUGGAAUGCUUGUAGUGCUUGAUCUAGAAGGUGUCUACAAACCAGCGCUUUCUGAUACACUGGGGAAACUACCAUAUCUAAGGUAUUUGGGAUUGAGGCGGACACUUUUGGAUGAUGUCCCACAAUCAGUUGGUAACUUGUCUCACCUGGAGACUUUAGACGUAAAACACACUUUCAUAACCAAGUUGCCUAGUACCAUCUGGAAGGCAAAGAAGCUUCAGCAUUUGUAUAUGAGUGAUAUUGAUGUUGAUAUGUCUACUCUAAAGCCAUCAACUUGUGGUUCACUGAACAAUCUUAAGAUUUUGUGCGGCUUGGUAAUUAGAAAAGUCAGACCCUACAACAGUUGGAAGAAAAGUUUGGUUGGUCUUAGGAAAUUGAAGUUAACAUGCAAUGAUGCAUCAAAUGAAAUCAUAGCUCCCUGGAUAUCUCAAAUGGACAAACUUCAUUCCUUGAAUUUGAGAUUACUAGAUAAAUUCAAUCAGCCUUUAGAACUCAGUGUAGAAGACAUGCGGACAUGGAAGCGGACGAGCCUAUCACAGCUUUAUUUGCUUGCCAAACUUCCAAAGCCAAUUGCCGCUACUGAUUUUCCUGAAAAUCUUGAAAUCCUCACACUGUCGAUGACACAUUUGUCAGAAGACCCAAUGGAAACGCUCGGGGGGCUGAAGCAGCUGAAGGCCCUUAGGCUUUAUGCUCAAUCCUUCUUGGGGUUAAAGAUGACUUGUUAUCGUGGUGGAUUUCCUAAACUGGGGGUCUUAAAAUUGUGGAUGCUACAUAAACUUAGUUGCUGGACCGUGCAAGAUGGAGCCAUGCCACUGUUAAGAGAACUGGAGAUCAGAUGUUGCAAAAAUCUUAAAGUGCCUGAUGGAUUGGAAAAGCUAAUAACCUUGAAGGAAUUAACCCUCACAAAUAUGAAAGAAGAUUUUGUAGCAAAUGUGGAAAGAAGCAUGGGUAACAAUGUAGCAAUCAUGAAAAAAAACUUCUUUUCUUCCUCGUGGGAAUAAUAAAUGUUUAAGGAAAGACAAUGGUCAAAGUCGCAAGGCAUCCUUCCAAGAGAUUCAAUGUCAUGGCAUCAGCCUCGAUGUAAUGGCUUUUUCUUACUUCUUCCCUAUUGUUGUCCACCCCUCGGCAACAAAAAACUGAUGUGUUCGUUGACUGAUUCUAUUGUUCUAGUCUCUCAAAAGAGAUGUAUAUGUGAUUGACUGAUUGUUCAAGAAUGUGGCUUUUAUUACUUAAGGGAGUUGAACCAAUUAUAAAAUUGGGCAGGAAAUG